GAGGGUGUCGGGAGCUCCCCGAGCCCAGCCGUGAGGCCGAGGGAGCUGGGAGCUGUCGCUUUUGCUGCCGGGAUGUGUGUGCGUGUUGGUGGCGGUUGUGUUGUUGUGAACGUGCGAGACUUUUUUUUUUUUUUUAAGGCUCGGAUUGCUGCCGCGAAGGCUGCUUCACUUUUGAGUUCCGUGCCCGGGUUUGCAUCCAACUUGCUCUGGCGUGUUUCUGACGAAAGAGAUGCGUAUCUUCAAUGCGGUGCAAACUCCCUUUUGGAAGUUCUGCUCUCUGUUGUGGUCUGAGGGCCCCUAAAGCUGGAAAGGCUGGUUCGUCUCCUCCCUCGAGAUCUCCUGUUCCUCAACUGAACUGAAUUGAAAGUACCUGCCAGGUGUCACUGAAGCAAGCACCACAACUUGAUCGAUCUCUUUAAGCAAUCGGGGAGCCCGUAGCUGUGUUCUGCACCCACUGCAGCUCUCAGUUCCAAAUGGAGUUGGCAUCCGCUGCUCUCUCGGCUGGCCUCCUCUCAGGCUUGCACACUGUGUGUCCAGAGCCGGCCCUGCCUCUGAGCAGGGACCGCGGAGGAGCCGAGGAGCGAGGGGUGAGUGUGCCUGGCUGGGCGCCGCCCUCAGUGGAGUGAGCUAUGCGGAUGCGUGGGGUGGGGGCUGGAGGGAGGAGAGCGGAGGACAGAGCUGGAGCCGACUGUGCAACUGCUACAGCAGGUCUGACUAGUUUUAGGUGCCCAGAGGCAGCUUUGUUUCUCUAGUAACUUCGGGUAGCAGCAAACCUAAAUUCUUAAAAUGACUUCAUGUCUGUAUUACUGUCUUUUUCGCCUCUAUGCAAAAAACCUGUAGCUUUGCAGAGUUACUGUUUAAUUCUAAGAUUUUUUUUUCUUUAAAAACUUUCAUAGGUUGUGUGUGUGUGUGUUUCAGGAGUUUCACAGAGGAGAAUGGAUUCUGGCUCUUAAGGACAUUUCACACACACACACACACACACACACACACACACACAAAUUUAUAGUGGGCUGUGUAAACCUGUUGAACAAAAGUAAAAAGUUCUACUUGAAUAUGCCACGAUCAAAAAAUUAAAUACUGAAAAGUCACUCUGCAGAUGAGCCUUUAGCCCCUGGCUGGCUGCUUAUCAUCCCACACCACGCUCCGGCAGGCCUGCUGGAGUACCCCACCCUGGUGUUGAGAAGCGUUGCCCAAGUUAAACUCAGGGAAUCUGAAAGUCCCAAGGUCAUCUCUCCUCCAGACAGGUUUGCAUAAAAUUCUAUCCACACUAAGGAGAUAACGAGGUGGCGACUGUUUCAGACUGAUCUAUCCUCCCCGAGUGCUUAUCCCGUUUUAUAACAAUAACUAGAUACAGAUUUGCUUUUCAGAUUUCUUUCCCUUUUUUGAGAGGGAGCCUCCGUGUAUGUGUGUACUUCUGUGUCUUCCCUGCUGUCACAGCCGAGCUGGCCGUGGUGUUUGAGCCCUGUGGUCUGCGGCUGAAGAAGUUUUUGCACUGCCUCUCUGCUUGCCAUGAGCCUCGUGGUGGUCUUCUCUGAACAGUUUUUAAAACAGAUUAAUGUUUUAAAAGUAUUUUUUACCAUCUGAUGAUUGUUUGCUGUCUAACAGUAAUUGGCUUACAAAUUCAAAAUGCAGAUCCCUAAGUAAGAUAGGCGGGAGGAAUCGGAAUGUUCAGGAAUGUCCAGGGGACAAGCGGGGGAGGUUGGAGGCAGGCGAUCUCUCCCUAAAGGUCAUUGAAGAUCCUUGAAGUAGUAAGAGGUAGCUUCCUAAGAAAGUAAAUAUUUAUUACAUUCAGUGUAGUACUCUGAUUAUUUUGAUUAUAUUUGACUAGAUGACUUUGUGUAAAGUUCUGUGGGUCAUUAAUUAACAAUACAGAAGAAAUACAUUUGAUCUCAGAAUAGCCCCCAAAGUAAGUAAAAAUGAAUGGCCGCCACAUGUACAAAUUAUCACUCACUGCCCUCGGGUUUAGUUUGUAUCAUUUCCUUCUUCUACUUUGUGAAUUAUUCACAUAUAUGCUAUCACGUGUAAGUUGUUUUUGUAAAACCUUAUCACUAGCCUGCCUAGUUCAUAGAAAUAAGUAAUAUACAUACAGAAUAUGCAUGUUGCUUACAUGGGACAGAUAUUUACACAAUAGAGUAGUUACUUCCUUCCUUUUACAUGCCUAUCUUUAUACUCAUAUGUCAUAUUGUAGAAAUUUGAUAGUUUUCUUUUAAGGAAUUCAGGUUUAGAUCAUGUAAUACAAUGUUUAGAUUCACUCAGUAAGUAAAUAAAUAACAUUUCUCUGCUUUUCUUCUUUAAACUGGGCAUGUGGAAAUUAAAAGAUGAAAUAUGUUUUGUGUUUGUGAGGAAUAUUUUAUAGCAUGCCUUCUUUUAAGCAGUUUUUCACAGUAAUAAAGCAUUCCAACAUUGAAAGCAAAGAAAAUUAAAAAGUAAUCAUAACCGUUAAGAAACACUUCCAUCAAAACACUUCCUGAUGUAGCAUACUUAGUUUUUAUUUGUUUUAUUCAAGGCCAGUAGUUUAACAAAACCUCAAAGGAAAUCUUUUGUUUAAAUUAAUAUGCAAUCGUACUUUUCACUGACUUGUUCUAACAAAUUACAUUUAUCUGUUUUAGUAUGUCUUUUUUUAUAUAUCAGAUAGCCCUCUUUUAAAAAAACAAAAAACAACAACCAUCACAUACUUUUGGCAAAGCAUUUGGUUUCUACCUUAAGCUCCCCCCAACCUCCCAUGACAUUGUUUAUUAAAGGUCUCGUGUGAGGGGAAAAACAAGGUAUCUUUGGGGAAAAGAUGCUACAGGAGGGCUGAAACCAGAAUCCCAUCCAAGCAAUUAUAAAUACAGGAGAAAAAAAUAUUUUCAUUAUGCAUAGGAAUGGGGGUGGGGUGAGGUUUGGUAAUCUUUACAGGCACAUAAUCUUAAGGGAAAGAAAUUCAAAUCUAAGUUCUCAUGUUAAUGAGGCUUUAGAUUCAGCUAAAGAUGUGUUUCUGACACCAAAUUAUUAUGAAGUAGCACCAUAAUUUAAAUGCUUACUGUAAUAUAUUAUUUAUAAAAAAUUACAAUAAUAUUUACCAAGUUUCCUAUGGAAAUAUUGGAGAUCACAGUUCAACUCUUAUGGACAUUCUUCCUGAACACACAUCAUAGAACUGAAGUUUGUAUUUGAAUGGAAAGAAUUCCAGCAAGCACUUAUAUAACUUGCCCCAUUAUCUCUCUAAGGUUAACUGUGUUGCGUUUUAUAAUUAAAUGACUUCUCUCCAAUAUCCUUUGUGAAGUUUUCCCAAAUAACUGCUGUGUCUGUUUAGCAUGUAAGUAAUUUCCUGAUAUUAAGAAGCAAUAGGAUUACUGAAGGCUUUUCUAUACUAGUAAAAUUCUUAGCUCUUACCUUAAAACUCAUUGUGUGGUUGGGACUCUACCUUAGUACCCCCAGUGGAAAUUCUGAACUGUUGGCUUCUCUGAAUCCACAUCUUAUCACAUGGGUUUGUGUGUUUGUUACUGUUUGUGUGUUCUCACUUGAGAAAUUCUCCCAGAAUUUUAACCAUGGUCUUUGAAACAUCAGUGUUUCUUAUAUACAGGCAACAACCUUUUCUACAGACAGUAUUUCCAGAAUUUGGCUUGCUUAGCAGUGUCCUGCAGAGACCGGAAUUGAGGAACAAUCUUGGAAAAGUGUAUACUCUGAGAGAUCUACCUCGCUGCCAUCAUUCACUCUGAGAUCACAGUAAGAAGAAUCUGGGCCCACUGGCCAGGGGGACCUGAUGUGUCCAUCGGAGGAGCUGCGUUCUGUCAAUAAAAUUGAGCUGAAGACGUCUUAAUCCUGCAUAGUCUUCUUUCCAAUGUCAGCUAUCGGUUGCCAUCACGGAAACGCUGUUUGUUCUUUUAUUCCUUCCUUGCUUAGACACGAAUAGGGAAGACUUCAGACUCGGGUUUAACUGAGUAGAGAGAUUCUCAGGCUUAAACAUGAAAUGGCCAAUUGGGGGGAGAGGAAGUCGUGGUUCCUGAGGUGAGGUUUCCUGGGCCCCACACCAGACCUGCUGAAUGAGAAUCUCGGGGUGGAAGGCAACAUUCUCUGUUAACAUGCCCCAGGCCUAUCUCCAGCAGUCUCUCCGGAUACUCCAGUCCGUAAUAACCUCUCAGGUUCCUUACUGUGAACGUCACUCAAAAUCUUGAAAUGCAAACCCCCAAGUAUCAGUCAGCAUUACAGGUUUCUGAUGAGCUUUUCCUAAAUCACUGGGGUCAUCCCGCAGCGAUGACCAGCUGGAUCAUUCUAAUUGGAAAUGAGGUGCUUCUCACAUGGAAGUCCCUCUGAAAGCCUCUCUUCAGCUCUGGGAAUUCUGCUAAAUGCCUACAGGACUGAAUGCUUUGUCAAUAUUUGAGUUCCAAGGAUUCAGUGAUUAUUUCUAGAGAAAUAUAUAUGUUGGGUAAAGGAGGAAAACGGAAGUUUGAUGAGCAUGAAGAUGGGCUGGAAGGCAAAAUCCUGUCUCCCUCCGACGGUCCGUCCAAGGUGUCUUACACCUUACAGCGCCAGACUAUCUUCAACAUUUCCAUUAUGAAGCUCUACAACCACAGGUCCCUCACCGAGCCCAGACUGCAGAAGACCGUCUUAAUCAACAACAUGCUGCGGCGGAUCCAGGAGGAGCUCAAGCAGGAAGGCAGCCUGCGGCCCGCCUUCACCCCCUCCUCCCAGCCCGACGACGACGACACUUUUUGCACUUCCCCGGCCGCCCCGCUGCCCGCGGCCCCCACCAGACUCCCCUCCCCGGCCCUCCUGCCCGAGAAGGACAGCUUCUCCUCCGCCUUGGACGAGAUCGAGGAGCUCUGUCCCACAUCUACCUCCGCCGCCGGGGCCGCCACUGACAGCUCCAAAGGGGGCGCCAGCGAGCCCAGCGCCCCGAAACCCGAGGGGCUCCCCGACGGCCGCCCCGACGACCCCAAACUGAUGGACUCUCUGCCUGGGAAUUUCGAGGUCACCACGUCCACGGGGUUUCUGACGGACCUGACCCUGGACGACAUCCUGUUCGCCGACAUUGACACGUCCAUGUAUGAUUUCGACCCCUGCACCUCCGCCUCGGGCACAGCCUCGAAGAUGGCCCCCGUGUCGGCGGACGACCUCCUCAAGACCCUCGCCCCCUACAGCAGCCAGCCCGUCGCCCCGAGUCAGCCUUUCAAAAUGGACCUCACGGAGCUGGACCACAUCAUGGAGGCUAAUUAUCAACUCAGGAGAGCAGUGGGAAACAGAUCAAAUUGCUCUUGUUCUCCUACAAGCAACCUCCACCAGGACACCUUGUACUGCUGCAGAUGUGUCAUUUCCUGUGAUGGGACCAGGGACCAUAUAUAGGUGAGGGGAGGGUUGUUGUAAAUGCUUCCAGUGUUGCUGUGCCUGUCCAUUUUAAGAGCUUCCUUUUUCUGUGGAGAACAAGCCAGCCCAGAUGCCACGCUUUCGAUAACUGGAGGACCUGGUAAACUCACCACAUGCUGCACACGUAUACAUAUGUAUACAUAUACAAUAGUGUUGGUUAUUCCGAACAAUAACAGGGUAAGGCGGUUGAUUUGCCAUUGUUAAAAGCUGAUUUACAGUAACUUAGAACAACUGUACUUUGGUUGGAUUAGCAAAUCGUGUGUUUAAACAAAUCCCAUAUGUUGGGCAACAGUUCAAAUAAGCACAGUGAAGUGUUGCCCGAACGUGGUCUCGGACUCUAGUAUUUGUAAGGCUGGUCUUGAAAAUCAAAACAAACAAACAAAAAAAACCACCCCAACAUCAGGCAAAUGCUUGUCAGCUCUGGACACCCUUGCCAUAAACGCUCGAUAUUCACGGUCUUCUGAGGAAGACCUGGGAAAUGAGUGGAGCGGUUUAAAAAGAACAAAACCAUCAAGUGUUCCCAAAGCGAUGUCCCAGCAGGGAAGACUGUGAGCCGUGUGCGAUCUGCACGUCCCAGUCUGAGUGCGGACUGGGCGUGCCUCCCCCGUGCAGAGGACAUCGCGUGGCAUUCAGAGUCAGGCAGGCAGUUCGAGGUGCCUUCGUGAGAAAGACAUGCUGGGUGUGACUGGGAGAGGACACCCAUGGACAGUGAUGUGCAAUGAAGUGACAAGAUGAGAGCAGAAUAUUAAGAGCUUUGAAUUUGAAGUGAUUUUUUUUCCAUAAGUUAUUUAUUCCUUUUUUUCUGUGUAAAUAUAUUUAUUUUACUGUGGAGCUCUAACAACAUCUGGAUCGUAACAUGUGCAGAAUGUAUGGUAGGAAUGUAUUCUCUGGUAGGAAUGUCAAUCUGUAUUAACGGGGGUCCGAGCCAGACCCCCGGGUCGUCUCAUCAUUUGCCCAGUCCACAUUCAUUUGUACUCUCUUCUCCAAUGUGGGUCUAUUUGAAAUAUGCAAAAGGUAUGGGUGAGGGAUGUUUCAAUACCUCCAAAUUUUUAAAGAAAAUCAAGCAUCAAAGGGUUGAUCUUUUUAAAUGUUUUUUAGUAGCACUUUCUCUCUCCAACAGAAGGGGCAACCACACCGACACCCUUGUUCACACCACAAGGUGAGAACUAGCCAGAGCCUCCUCUACACCUCGAGUGUCUUUAUCAAUUGAGCUUUUUAUUGCCAUAGCCCCUUGGCGUGUCCCAACUGCCCUGAGGUCAAUCAAGGAAAAUUUCUUACAUAAAUAAGCUCCAAAGAGCCAAAGUAUCAACUUACAGAUUGUUUUUAAAGCUUAAAUUUAUUAACCACCUUUGUGGUAAACAAUGAAUUAUGAAUACCGUUGGGCAGCCUUCUUAAAUGACAGAUGUUAAAAAAAAAAAAAAAAGACUCUACCUAGUGUAGUGAUUGAUAUUUUCCAUGAAUUGUCUUAAUUUAAAAACCUUGCUGUUACAAAUUGGGCCUUCCUACAUUUUAUGAAAAUACUGAAAAGAGCAUAUUGGACCUAUUCUGGCUGUAAAUGGUUAACUUCCUGUAAUUGCCGGUGAAUGGCGAGGUGUAUGUUCCUGCUUGUGUACCAUUGUCUUCAGUGCUUCUAAGAAUGAGUCGAAAUGUUUCUUGAAAAUUAGCCAGGAUCAAAUGCUAUUGCAGACAAAGCCAAUAAAAAUCUUGGACAUCUUUUGGGGAUAAUAAGUUUGGAAGAGAAGUGCAGUCCAUACAAGCAAACAACCAAGAUUUUGGAACCGAUGUACAUAGUGACAUUUGGUGCAUAGUUUUUAAGGAGGAUUUUGUCUAAAGAGGAAGUGUAACCUUUCCCCCACAGACCUGAGAGCUGUGCCUUUCCUAUGCAAUAUUACAGACGUUACAUCGGAACCCAGAUGGCUGCAUUCACAUGUAGGUUUGGGCUGUAAUCGAAACAACUGGACAGAUGAAAUGUACAUGGAAAUGAGCAGUCUUACUUUUGUAGUUUUAUAUUAUACAAUAAACAGUUAAAAGGUGA